AUGUCCUCGGAAUCUGCACCUUUCUGCCCUAGGCGACCAAACCUCCGUGAAAUCCUCGCAAACACAGCACCCGCACCCUGGACUCUUGCUGCGUUCAUGGCCUAUCUUUCCAACAACCACUGCCUAGAGACACUGGAAUUUACCAUGGAUGCAGGCAGAUACAAGAAGCACUUUCACAGAAUGAUGAACAAGGCUCCUGUCCCUGGUCAACCAACGGAACACGACGCAAACUACGUCAAGGAAUUGUGGACUCGUUUAAUGGAAGCUUACAUCCAGCCCAACGGCUCGCGUGAAGUAAACCUACCAUCACAAGUUCGUGACCCCAUCUUGGGACACGUGCCUGCAAACACACUACCACCGGAACCUUCAGUACUCGAGCCAGCUGUCUCCAAGACUUACGAGUUGAUGGAGGAGUCAGUCCUAGUACCGUUCCUUAACAGUGUUUACCCCCAAUCACCUGUACCUGUCAGCCCCUACUAC